CUGCCUUUAUGCAGCUAUGGUAAAAUAGUCAGAGUAGGUUUAGGUCUUACAGUUGAUCCACAGUAUGACUCCGAUAUUGUGUGUUGUUUAGAUCUACAGUAUGACUCUGAGUCUCUCGGCGUUCUUUGAGAAUCAGAUCAUUCCCAUAAUCUCAGACUACAAAUCUGCAGUUCAGAAUCAACGUAGGAGUCAACAGAGACUCAGUUGCAGCAAGAGAUUACAGAGCUCUUAUCCCAACAGCCCCAAAGGGAAACCAAAAUCAGGAAAGAAAACUUCCCAGGUGUCUGCAAAAGGCCGCUCACGGAAAUCCUCUCAAGAUUUGAAUGUUGCACAAGUCGAUGAAGACAGUCAGCCAUCCUCUUCAUCCUCAUCCUCUUCCUCCUCAUCUUCCUUGUCCUCUUCAUCAGAGCAGGCAGGAGCCAACAGAGUUACACGCAGCCGUGUUACACCAAACAAAUCCUCAGGUGGCCAUGGCUUACUGCCAAACGGAGGUCGAAGUUCACAUCGGAGAGGGGCCGCGUUACCUGAAGAGGGAGAGGUCUCUGAAUGCGAGAGCACCAGCUCAUCAUCAUCCUCAACAUCCGCAUCGUCGUCCUCUUCCGGGACCUCAUCGUCUUCGUCCGAGAGUGAUGACAGCGGGGCUGAGGUGGGCGGCUUUGCCGACGGCGGCGAUCACGACUACAGCAAAGCCCCGCAACACAAAGAGAAAGGCAAAGCGGCAGCGGCCUCCGUCGAUAACACAAAGCGAAAGCGCAAAGGAGAAGCACAAACAACUCCUGUGAAACGAGCACGGCGAGCAAAUGAAAGAGAUGAAGAAGAGGAGGAACCCGAGGAGGAAGAGGAGGAACCCGAGGAGGAAGAGGAGGAACCCGAGGGGGAAGAGGAGGAACCCGAGGGGGAAGAGGAGGAACCUGAGGAGGAAGAGGAGUCAUUGGAGGAGGAGGAAGACGAUGUCAUUUCGUCAUCAACAAAAACUGGAAGUCAGAGGUCAAAUCAAAGUACUCCAAAGUCAGGGCGGGUUAACACUCGUAACCAGGGUCGAAGGACUGUUCUGUACAACGAUGACUCUGAGGAUGAGGGGCCGACGACAGACCCGCUGAAUCUAGGAAUGUCGCGUUCUGGAAGGGUCCGUCGCAUGACUGAACGUGCAAGGGUCAGCCAUCUUAUGGGCUGGACACAUUGA